AUGGCCGCCCAGGGGCCUCAGCUUCUCCAGCAGCUGCUGCUACUAUUUCUGGUUUCAGGCGUGGGAACGUCAUCCCCUGCAGCUCUUGGCAGAAUUUCACCUUCGGUGCCCUCUCUUGGCGUGAGAGUCUCCUCUCCCAGCGGCUUUCGUGGCAGUGAUAACUCAACAGUUCUGAGUGGAAAAGCCUCUCCCACCACGGCCCUGGGUGGGAACGACUUCUCUCCUGGAGCCCCCAGAGAGAGAACGCAGCCUCCUGCAGUUCAGGAUUUGAAAGAGUCGCCUCUCCAAGUCCCUUCUCGGCAGUCCAGCCCUCGGGUUGCUGAGGGUCCCUUGUCGGUGCUCGUGGGUUCUCCCAUCUCCCUACGUUUAUCCCCGGCUCCAGCCCUGGACCCACCCAGUCUGGUCGUGGUUUGGCGUCGGGGAACCACAGUGCUGGCGGCUGGGACCCUGGGGAGCGAAGCCGCCCCACCGAGCCUAGCCCCCGACUACCGGACCCGCCUCCACUUUGACCAGGAGACGGGUGGCCUGGAUCUGGAGCAGGCAGAACUGGCUGACAGCGGGCACUAUACUGCGGAGCUUAUUCACGCCGGGCGCGAACGGGAGCUGCGGGAGGUCGCAGUCUACGUGUAUGAGCCGCUGCCACAAUUAGCUAUGGCACCCGCGGACCCAGUGACGGAGGAGGGGGCGCCAGAGCUGCGGCUGCGCUGCGUGGGAGCCCGGGCGAGUCAGGGCCAACUGAACUGGAGCCAGGGAGGGCGGCUCCUCGAAGCGGGGCCUGGAGAUGGUGAGGGUUCCGCUCGGCUGAGGACAGAUGGAAUCGACCUGGUCAUCGUGCGUCCGCAGAGAACAGAUCAGGCCAACUACACGUGCCGCGUGCAGAGCCCCUUCGGGGCCAGUGAGGCGACGGCGGCCGUCACCGUCCUAUACGGCCCAGAUCCCCCAGUCAUCACCGUCUCCUCGGACCGCGACGCAAGCCCCGCCCACUAUGUCUCGGUGGGCAGCAAUGUGACCCUGCGCUGCAACGCCGCUUCCCGGCCGCCCGCCGAGCUCUCCUGGAGCCUGGCAGACCCACGAGAGGCCGCCGUGCCCGCGGGACCUCGACUCCUCCUGCCUGGCGUGGGGCCAGCCCACGCGGGGGCCUACGCCUGCCUCGCGGCUAAUCCACGCACAGGACUCCGGCGCCGCGGGCUGCUCAACCUCACCGUUGCCGCCCCGCCUCCCGGUUCCCCGCGCUGCUCCCUGCAAGGCUCCCCGGGUGACCGCAACCUGCUCCUGGGCUGCACGUGGCCCGGGGGCAUCCCUGGAGCCUCGGUGCAGUGGAUGGGGCUGCCCCCAGACGUCCCCGCGAGCCCCGCGUCCUCCUCGCUAUUCGUCUCGGUCCCUGCGCGGCCGCAGCUCAGCGGAGUCACCUUCACAUGCCUCGGGCGCCACCUCGCGGCCACGAGAAGCUGUAGCGUCACGCCCAAGGCCCCUCAGGAAGUGCUGCUGAGGCUGGAGACUGAGAAGUCUGCAUCUGGGGAGGCCCUGGUGACCCUGGAGGCCAGUGGUUGCCCUCCACCAGCCAGGGUGGCCUGGGCUCGAGAGGGACGGCCCCUGGCUCCAGGGGGUGGGGGCCGCCUGAAGUUAAGCCCCGAUGGCCAUAAGCUUCUCCUUGGCAACUUCAGCUUGGAGCAUGACGUGGGGAACUACUCUGUGCUGUGCAGCGGGGCUCUUGGGGCUGGUGGGAACCGGAUCACCCUCAUUGGGCCUUCUAUCUCCUCUUGGAGGCUACAGCCUGCCGAUGGGGCGGCUGUCUUGACAUGGGAUGUGGAACGUGGCUGUGUGGUCAGUGGCUUUGAAGUGCAGGCACGGACAGAGAAACCAGAAGCGGGGGCCACAGGCCUGAGUGGAGGGGCCUGGACAUCCUUGCUACUCCUGGGGCCCCAGGAACGCUCAGCUGUAGUUCUCCUGCCCUCCCAGCCCCCAGGGCCUUGGAAGCUUCGUGUGCUGCCCACUCUGGGUGGUCAGCCUGGGACUCCUUCUUCCAGCCGGAGCUACCGGGCUGGUCCCAUCCUGGGCCCCGGGGCCAUUGCGGGCAUUGUGCUUGGCUCCUUGCUGGCUUUGGCUCUCCUUACAGCUCUGCUGGUCCUGCUUGGAUGCUGUGCCUGUCGGUUAUGGGGAAACAGCAUGAAGAAGCCCCUGAUCUUUCCCCCUGCAGUCUUCACCCCAGAGAAGAAGACAGAGAGUGUAACCUCUCUGGGGUCUCCACAACCUUCCCCCAAUGGUUUUGUCACAGAACCCAGUCCAACCUGGGCUUGUCCUGUUGUGGUCCCCAGCCAGGUCACUGCUGCCAGUCCCAAGGGAGUCCACCGAACAGUUCGAUCAGCUACACAGGUGUGAACAGCAGCAGCCAAUGUGGGCCCUCCCUGAGGACAUUAAACUGCCCAGACUUCUUGUGGCUCAGGAAUUUCUCUUUGAUCACAGCAGAGGAUAAAGGGUCUUAACUUUGUACAACUAAGAUUGGAACUCUCUGAUUUGCACAGCGGAAAAGUCAAGGAUCUCAAGUCUCACCAUCCCACCCAGUCCCCCAAGAGGGGAGACUUCUUAUCCUGGCACAGCUGAGGGGGUGGAGCUUCCUGCCUUUUCCUCCUUGAAGAACCAGGCUUAGGGAUCUGAAGGGGCAAGACUUCUUCUUGCUCAAGACCAGAGCAGAAAGUGGCCUUUCUCAUGCAAAUGAAAGACCAAUUGCCCGUGGUGGGGUGAGACUUCCUAGUUUGGCACGGUGGAGGGGCAGGACUUCCCAUGUGACUGCUUAUAAGUUGGUGGAAGUUUUCUGGAGGUUGAAUUGGGCUGGGUGUGUAUGAAUGUACCUUUGGUGGACAGCAGUGAGGAAUAAAACUGGUUUACGGA